AUGGACUCCGAAGUCAACUACUCGCUGCCUUCACCGACCGAUACUCCAUACCGUACUCCGUCCAGUUCACAAUCUCUCCGAUCCCGUCGAUACGAAGACAUGUCACCUUCAUCUACUCCUCCACCAAUGCCUGACGAUCGAGCCACCAAAAGACGAAGUAACGACUCCAGCCAGUCAAACCCGGCUCUAGAUGAAAACAUCUCUCCGCUCGACCCAAGGAGAUUUACACCCACCCUUCAUGCCUCCCUGGUCUCCGAGAUCUUGUCCCUGCGACGGGAUCUGGAAAAUCGAACCAAUGACAUUGAAAAGCUGGAAAUCAGCCUGCACGCCGCUCAGACGCAAAAUGAAGUCCUCAACAACAACCUUCUGCAGGCCAAUAAGGAAACGAGGUCGGUGAAGCGUCAGAUGCAGCUCCUCGAGGGAGGAACGCUUUCUGCUCUCAAUGAAUUGGCCAAAGAACGCGACGAGGCGCUGAACGAUCUCUCUGACUUGCGCAAGCGCCUGGAACAAAGUCAAAAGAGAGCCAAGAGUCAAGAAGAAUCCGCGGAAAGAACCCAAGUUCUGUGGGACAAAGAUAGAGAGGCAUGGCUGGCAGAGAGACGUGGUCUCGAGACCAAAGUCCACAUUGCUGAGGGCCGCCUCAAAGUCGUCCUCAGUGAAAUUGCCAAUGCCCAACAUCAUGCACCGCCGGUCUCUCCGACCGAGCGAAACUGCCAUAGUCGAAAUAGCUUGAUGGAAAGCCCGAGCAAAGGCUCCAUUCUCACUCGAAGAGGUCGGAGACAUAGCGCUACCUCCGUCAACAGUGAGACGCACGGUGGUCGAGUCUCGGUCCUGAGCUUCCACAAUGGGGCCUCCGUCAACUUGGCGGAUGAGCUUGCGUUUGAUGAACUCGAAGAGGAUAUGGCCAACGCUCACGACAAUGAAGAGGGGGGACGAAUAUCACCGGAUGCCCUGCCAGAGGAGCAAAUCCGACCGACUUCAAGUCUGUCCAUUAAGGCGCGGAAAGUCCUGGGCUUGCCCUUGGACUUUGAAGAUAUCGAACGCAAUGACAGCCCGGAACAUGACCGGGCCAGUGUUAUUCCCUCAGAUGGGGUUCUGCGCCGACCGAGCAUCAAAUACGUAGACACUGCCGUCCAAUUCUCCCCCCCACCUUCGCCAUGGCCGGUGAUGGAAUCUCAAUCAAAAUCAAGCCCGUUCCGUCCGGCAGACAUUCAAGUUGCCAAUGUCAGGCAAAUUAAUGUUACUCCAAGUCCAGUCAGUCCAAUUGAUAGCAUUGACAUCCCCUGGGAAAAGAAGCGACCCAUCAUGGUCUCUUCUGCCUGUCAGACCAUUGAGGCUCUUCCCAGUCCUCCUCUCACGCCGGACAAGCGAGAUGCUGUACUGGCCACCAUUCCUGAAAGUGCUUUGGAAAGAAUUGAAACCGCCACCACGGGCACUCAGACCGAAACUCCACCGAUUUUCUUUGACAGUUACAGCCACAAACACACAGAGAGUGAAGAGACGGUGGACCUCAAAGUUCCCCUGAUCGCCAUUAUCCCUCCCGGAUCAAGACCUGCCACACCGGAGACUAGCGUCGUGUUACCACCCAGAACCAAAAAUGCCGGUACCCAAGUCACCACCCAGUCUCUCGGCGGAUAUCAGUCGAGUUCGAUGCAGACAGAAGAGAUUCGAGUUGACACAAGAGCCAUCGUCCCACCCUCCGAGAUGCCACCACCGCCGCCGCCGCCGCCGCCGCCGCCAUUGUCGAGCCAUUUCCGACCCCCAAUUUCAUCACGGGCAGUGCCACCACCAAUCCCCAGAACGAGGGUCUCUCCUGCGACCUCCAUGUUCGCUUCCAGACGUUCAAUGGCUGGUCCAUCGAAACAACCUCCUGUGAAUGACAAUGGACCUCUCACAAGAGAUUUUGCUUCGAAUAUGCCACGUCCCGUGCGGUCAAGUAGUCUUUUCGCCGGAUUUGAUGAUGACAGCGAGAAUCGUGAUGAUCUUUUGGGGGAUGAUACUUUCCAAGAGGACGACAUCUUCAGUCGACCAACCGCCAAAUUCGUCCUGAAGUCCGGCAAAAUGGUCUCUCAAGAUCCCGUUUUGGAAGAUAUUGGUGAAAGUGUAGCAGCCAGUGCCGGUGAAGCAGCUGCUUUGGAAAAUCUCCGACUCUCUGAGGACAGUCUGCCACCAGAGAUGAAGGCCAUUCUCCUCCAAACUCGAGUCAGCCCUCGCAAGGGUUCUCAACGACAAAAUAUGGGCAUGAAAUUGAAGCGAGUCCCCUCAACCCGAUCAAACAAUAUGAGAAGAGCCGCAUUGAUCUCGAGUGGAACCGCCGCUCAUCAAUCGUCUCAUUCUCAAUCUACGACAGCUUCGUUCGACAGCAAUAAUCCUCCACCCUUCCCGGUACCAUUGAGGUAUAGCUCGGCGAGAAUUGGUAAAUCCCUCAGCGAAGGAGGUCGAAGUUCGCCCGGAAGCAGCAAUGCCUCCCCGACCAAACGACCAAAGCACAAAUCUGUCAAGCCGACGUUGAGAAAGGCAAGAUCGGGACCGGCCAUUUCACCCCAUUCCCAAGCACGACGAGCCCGAAGCCGAUCUCCUCCGCUCGACCCCAGAGUCUCAAUCGUUCCGGAAAUGCCGAGUUUCCAGAUGCCCACCGCAACCACACCGGCACCAUUCCUGGCCGAACCGUACAACAACCCACGUGAAGCAAGUGCUCCACGCCCGUCAAUUGCUACCGGACCUAGUCGAAGGGGAACACACACCAAAUCCAAUUCCGAUGCUGUGUCCAUGCAUCAGACAUCCGUUGUGGACUCCAUUGCGCAGACCAUGGUGGGCGAAUGGAUGUACAAAUAUGUCAGAAGGCGAAAGUCCUUUGGUGUGACCGAAAAGGCUGAUUGGGAUGCGAAUAAAAGUGUGGAAGAAAUUUCUCAAAGUGUCACAAACAAUGGCGUUCGACACAAGCGAUGGGUGUGGCUUGCCCCCUAUGAACGUGCGGUCAUGUGGAGCAGCAAACAACCAACAUCUGGGACUGCGCUGAUGGGAAAGAGUGGUCGAAAAUUGACGAUCAAAUCUGUCCUCGACGUCAAAGAUGACAACCCGAUGCCAAAGGGAGCCAUAUCGGGUGCGCAUUUCAACCGAUCCAUUCUUAUCUUGACCCCUCAACGAGCUCUCAAAUUUACGGCGACGUCUCAAGAACGUCACUACGUUUGGCUGACAGCCUUGUCGUUCUUGUCACAUUCUCCCCUCAGUGUGAAUGAAUUGACUGCCAUUCCUCCCCCCCCGCCUCCCCCUCCCGAACCCGAGAUAGUACCACCACCGCUACCAACACUCGCAGGAUCGCUUCGUCGUCGACCGAUCCGUGAUUCGAUCCGAGUUGCCAAGAAUGCCGUCAGAACUGGUACGGGUCAGAGAUCUUUCACGACCGAUGGAUCUCUGCCGGUGCAAGACUCGAGGCCACCAACUCGCGAUUAUUAUGAUCCGACAACAGAUCCUGCCCUACCGCCCACUGUUCCGCGACAUUCACGGAAAAGGAGCAAUACAGCGCCCCGAGCACCACCAAGUUCGUUCAGAAGUUUUUCGACCAGGGAUGUGACGCCUAGCCUACCGGAACCGGGCUCUACUUAUUCACAAAGUGUCCAUUCCACGGCUGUCUAUUCCUCUGAUCGAGGAUUGUAUACCCCAAGUUUGGGUAUGCAAAGCAUUGUGAGCAGUCGACGAGGUAGCGAAGCAAGUGCUUCUGGCCGACCUCCUAUUCCAGCAGUACUUCUGGACAACAGCCAGAUGGCCACGAUGAGAAUGGAUGCUUUCAUUGAAGGCAAAGCAUCAACAUCAUCCAGCAGACCUUCUUUUAAUAUGAUGCGAUCCGGGCAGUCAAAGAAGAAGGAUUUGGGAUAUUGGGGAUUUGAUCAAGGAAGAGAUAGUAUCAGCCCGGUGGACUCGUUGCUUCACAGUGAAAUGAUGGCAGCAAGUUCCUCCACAAGGGGGAGUGUCGAGUCAAGGGAUCCAUGGAGAGGAUUCUGA